AAAAACUUCCGGUUCUGUAUACAUACGGGUAUUUUCAAGAUGUCUGCUCCCUAUGCAGCAAAAGUCAUUAGCUUGGGCAGAAAAAUAUCUGUUAUACAGGGGAAACAACCAAGAUGUUUGAAAUCAUCCAAACCAGAUCAUUCCAAUAAAUUUCCUGUGAAGACCAACCCAAUGUUACCAGCAGAUACCUUUAAAGGUAAAACAGCUUUUAUAACGGGUGGUGGAACUGGUCUAGGAAAAGGAAUGACCUAUUUUUUGUCUUCUCUUGGUGCUCAGGUAGCCAUAACCAGCAGAACUUUGAAAGUGUUAGAAAAAACAGCAAGUGAAAUACAAACAGAAACUGGUAAUAAAGUGUUGGCGGUCGCUGCUGAUGUUAGAAAACCUGAUGAUGUUAAAACAGCUUUAGAUAGAUGUGAAUCUGAACUAGGUUUACCUCAUAUAGUUAUAAAUAAUGCAGCUGGUAAUUUUAUAUCACCUACUGAACGACUAUCACCUAAUGCAUGGAAAACAGUUACUGAUAUUGUUCUUACUGGAACAGCUAAUGUAACCCUAGACGCUGGAAAAAGACUUAUUAAAGCAAAACAAGAGGCAGUUUUUCUAAUGAUAUCUGCAGAUUAUGCUGAAAGUGGGUCAGGAUUUGUUGUUCCAAGUGCUUCUGCGAAGGCUGGGGUUGAGGCUAUUACAAAAUCUUUGGCGGCUGAGUGGGCACGUUUUGGUAUGAGGUUUAACUGUAUUUCUCCUGGGCCAAUAGAAACACAGGGUGCAUUUAGUAGACUAGAUCCAACAGGACAGUUUAUAGAAAAGAUGAUUAAUCGUAUCCCAGCAGGUAGAUUAGGAGAAGUAGAAGAAUUAGCUAAUCUAGCAACAUAUCUUGUCAGUGAUUAUUCCAGUUAUAUAUCAGGACAGAUUAUCAGAUUGAAUGGUGGAGAAUUUCCCAGUGCGGCUGGUAUGUUUAAUCCACUGAAACAGGUAACAACAGAACAAUGGGACAUGAUGGAAAAACUUAUACGCUCUGUCAAAGGAUCAUAAUUGGAAGCUGAUGAUGUAGAUGCUAGAUGAAACUAAGAUAUUAUUUAAAUAUUGAGACAAAUUCUUGAUAAUUGUUGAUUAUGUUUUAUAUGCAUUAUUAUUAAAAUAUAUAACAAAUCUA